AUGUCAGGGGAGAUCAGCCUGCAGGCAGGCUCUGGAAUAGGUGCAGAGUGCGCUCGGGGUGUUGGUGCCUCUUUGACUUCACGGGAUGGGGGAAGGACAGCCCUGUCCCCCUCGGCUCUCCUAGGCUGCCUAGCAGGCUCCUGUCCACGCUCCCCGCCCCUUGUUCCGGAACCCCAUCGAUCCCUGCCCUACUCGAUACAGUUCCUUCCACAGCAGCCCCUGGUCUGGGCGCUGUCCAGGCCCACGCUGGGGGUCGAGUCUUCACUGGGCUCCGAGCAGAGGGAAUCCCCGCGCCCGCCCCAGCCUUGUCCUAGGGCGCCUCUGUCCGAGUCGGUUUUCUCUCCUCUGGCCCCCACGCCGCCACCCUCCACUUCCAAGGGACGCCACCUCCACAAAGGAGAAAGGAAAGGAAAUACACAGGCACACAUUCGUUUCUGUGGAAUUCGCUCUUUAUUUUGGGACCAGGGAAGGAUCACACACAGCCCUGCAGCCCGGGGGUUGGGGCACCGAGACGCUGAAAGCCCGCACCCGCACCCCGCUCAGACGCCGCCUCCAGGAGGCGGAAUCCGGGUUUCUGGGGUCCAGAGCGCCUAUGCAAAUGAGACGGGCGUGGUUGGAAGAUCUCCCAGGAGGCCUCGGGGGUCCUCGCCACAGGUCGGCGCCAAGAGCGAAGGGAAAGGAAUCGGAUCUGGGGAAGCAAGCCUGGGAGACGUCGGGCUGUCUCUCAGGACUGAUGGAUUACCUGACAGUAGAGAUACAAAAGGUGAGGUCUUUAUAAACAAAAAUUGUUUCAAAUUGUCCCUUUAGUUUGCAACUCAGGAAUUUUUUAUACUUAGGUAUACUGCACCACAUUACUAAGAUGUGUAAGAAAUGUAUCUUUCUAAGUGGGAGAAUGAUAAUGUAAUACUGCGGUUCAGCAUGCCCUCAGCUCCCAAGAGGACGUUUCUCCAGGUUCUUGGUCUCCUGCCCUCUCAAGAAUGAGAGAGGGGACCACAACGCAGUGUGCAGUAAAUGCUGGACUCAAAAGUGUUUGUAGAGUGAUUUAGAGAGAGAGAAACAGGAGAAGGAGAGAGAAACAAAGAGCUAACUCUCACACUGAGAGAGAGACUCCAGAGAGAUGGAAUCCAGGAGAGGAAAGCAGCUUCCAAACUGAGUGGAAGGGAACAGAGCGAGAGAUGGAAUUUAGGAGGGGAAGACAGGCUUCCACAAGAGAUUGUGGAAGGGGACUCCAGAGGGAAAAUCCAGGAUAGAGAAAAACAGCUUCCACAAAGGGAGUGUUCAUGGAAGUGGAUCCAAACAUGGAGUCCGAAGGGGUGUGGAAGAAGGGGAGGGGACUUUUAUCCUGGGAGGAACCCCCACCUUCUCUAAGACCCCAGGCCAAUGAAAGGAGUUCCUUAGAACUUCUGCUGGAGUGACUGACUCUUAGUUUCUUCCUGCACCUGCAAAAUUUAAACAUAAACCGUUAAAUAUUCAGGAUAGAGAGAGAUGGGAGGGGGGCAUGGCACUAAGAAGUUCUUGCCCUUUAAACUAUGCCCCCUUGUGGACCCAGAAAGAGAACACAUUCCCUCAAUAACUGUGAAGAGGGAUGUCAAAGUAAAACUCAGAAAGGGAAUGGAGGAAAAAAAUAGUGAAGAUGGCCAGGUGU